AGGAAGUACCCCCUCCCAUACAUUUUUUUUGUUGUUGUUGCCUCUUUACAUCUCCUAGAGGCGGUACUUCCCUUUUCUCUUUGUUUCUGUUUUUCAAUCAGCUCCACAGAGUGCAUUGCUGCUCUCCAGCUUUUGCAUCGCUCUCGGGUUAUCUUGCUGUGGCGAAACUGAGGCUUGGUGAUUACUGCUGCUCUUUCUGCCAUCAGCUGCACCUCCAGUACACGCACUUUGUACAAAAACGGACAGAUGAGCGUUUUCUCCAUCAACGCAGCCCCUCUCGGUGCAUCGGCCACGGCCCCACCGGCCGGCUUCAUGACACUCACCGUCGUCGGCUCUGGCGUCUCCACUGGCAUUCCUGUCAUUGGACACUACGGCCGCGGAUGCGCCUGCGAUGACGCCGUGGCCAACCCGAGCGGUCUCAACAAUCGCAACAACAUCAGCAUGCUGCUGACCCUGCCACGCGGGGAUCUGCCGACGUUAAGUGGAAGACAGAAGUCUGCGCCAGAGACGUCUAGUGCCGCUCAGCAGGCCGAGGAAGCCGAGGCAGAACCGCAGUCGUAUCAGUGCUGGAACACGUCCCACGCAUGCUUUACGACAGACCAGGCGGGCAACUACAUUCACGAUAAGCCAGUGGCCCACAUUCUCAUUGACUGCGGCAAGACGUUCCGUGACGCCUACUUUAAAGUAAUGAUUCGCUGGAACAUUCGUGCCGUGGAUACGCUGCUGCUCACGCACGGGCACGCGGACGCCAUCGCCGGCCUGGAUGACCUCCGUGACUUGCAGAUGAUGCACAUGAUCUCCACCGGGGAAUGGGUGGUGGACAGUUUCAUUCCCACCUACCUCUCCUACACGACCAUGGAGACGCUUCAGCGGGCGGUGGACUACAUCGUGCGUAACAGCGUGGAGAGUGGACCGGCUAUGCCGUCUCCCGCCGAGCACGCCGCGCAGCUGUCGGCGUGUCUUGAGGAGCGAGGGGCGAAGUCGCUCGCGGCCGUCCAGAAUGGAGAGAAGGAAGGCGGGUGGCGCAACAUCGGUGUGCGUCGCAGUACUGCGCUCGACUUUUUCUACGUGGAUGAUGUGAAGCCCAAGCGAGUUCACUUGCCGAUCACCGCAACCGCCGACACUGGUGGUGCGACCGAGUCGGAGCUGCCGUUUUAUUCGUUUCCGGUGGAGCACGGCCGGGGGUACAUUUCCAUGGCGUACGUCUUCGGCCGCGGUACGGCGUUUAAGAGUAAAUUAGAGGACGGCGUGUCCCCACCAGAGGGCAGCUGCGUCGUUUACAUCUCCGACGUGAGCGCCGUCCCGCGUGACUCCAUGCUGUUCUUGCAAGAUUUGGUCAGGAUUGAUAUCCUUUACGUGGACUGCCUCGGACCGCAGAAGCGCAGCAGCCCUGUGCACUACUGCGCAGAUGACAUGCUAGCUCUGACCUUGGCGCUUCGCCCGCGCUACGUCUAUGGGGUGGGGAUGCACUGCGAUGUGGAACAUCACACCAUGCGCACGACGUUGCAGCAGGUCUUGGAUGGCUACGUCGCCACCGGCGUCCUGAAGCAAGGCGAAGUGGAAUGCAUUGACCUCGCGUACGACGGAAUGUACAUCACCAUCCCGCAGUAG